AUGCCUCAGGGAGAUUACAUCAAGCUCCACCGGGCCAGGUAUGGCUACCGGAUGGACUACUUCGAAAAGAUCCGCAAGAAGGAAGCUCGUAUGGUGCACAAGCGCUCCGAGUUCGCACAGAAGGUCCAUGGUUUGAGGGCCAAGCUCUACGCCAAGAAGCGUCAUGCCGAGAAGGUCGAAAUGAAGAAGAAGAUCGCUAUGCAUCAGCAAAAGACCAACAAGCACGUGGAAGAAAAGAUGGAGAAGGGAGCCGUGCCCGCCUAUUUGCUUGACCGCGAGCAGACCCGAAGGGCCAAGGUUUUGAGUAACACAGUGAAGCAAAAGAAGAAGCAGAGGGCCGGCAAGUGGGACGUUCCUCUGCCGAAGGUGAGGCCAAUCAGCGAGUUCGAAAUGUUUGGAGUGGUGGCGUCUGGAAAGCGAGGAAGGAAAUCGUGGAAGCGUAUGGUGCGUAAGGUGACGUUUGUCGGCGACAACUUCACCCGUAAGCCGCCCAAGUACGAGCGUUUCAUCCGACCCGCGGCUCUCCGUUUCAAGAAAGCGCACGUGACUCACCCCGAGCUGAAGGCCACAUUCUACUUGGACAUCCUGGGUGUCAAGAAGAACCCCCAGACGCCUCUCUACACGCAGCUGGGCGUCAUCACCAAGGGAACGAUUCUUGAGGUCAACGUGAGCGACCUUGGCCUUGUCACGCCCGCCGGUAAGGUGAUCUGGGGUAAGUACGCCCAGGUGACAAACAACCCCGAAAACGACGGCUGCAUCAACGCCGUGCUGCUUGUGUAA